AUGUUGAUGCCCAAAAAGAACCGGAUUGCCAUUUAUGAACUCCUUUUUAAGGAGGGGGUGAUGGUGGCCAAGAAGGAUGUCCACAUGCCCAAGCACCCGGAGCUGGCAGACAAGAAUGUGCCCAAUCUUCAUGUAAUAAAAACCAUGCAGUCUCUCAAGUCACGAGGCUACGUGAAGGAACAGUUUGCCUGGAGACACUUCUACUGGUACCUCACCAACGAGGGCAUCCAGGAUCUCCGCGAUUACCUCCACCUGCCCCCUGAGACUGUGUCCGCCACCCUGCGCUGCAGCCGUCCUGAGACUGGCCGGCCACGGCCCAAAGUCGCUCGGAGCUGUCUGCGGCUGCCUGACAGCCGCUUCGCGGAAGGAGGACCCCCCCCCCCGCCCCGGCCAGGAGUCCCAGGGUACUAUUUGCUCCAGCGGAAGGAUCUCGCGCUCAUAGCCGCGGCCGUGACAGCCAAGGGGCAGUGA